CACUCUCUCUUCCACUCCCCCGGUCUAACUCACUCAGUUGCCAACAAGACCGUGAGCGGGAGUUCAUCUGUAGAAAACCUGGAGCAUUACGCCUAAAGAAGCACUUUUACGAGGCCUAUUUCCAACAUGUGUGCCUGCAAGUGGAUAACUAUACCGCAGAUGGAUGUCAGGACCAAUCCGGGUUAGCGCACACAGCCACGCACGCUUCGUAAGCUGCGUCCCUGAACCGCACUAUCAAGGAAAUUCCUCUUUCCUCCAGGGUCACCUCCGUGGAUUGUCUAUCUGGUGGUUUGUACAGCUGCACAAGCUUCUGUUUCUACAACACACACACACACACACACACAGAGCCUGCUGUGUAUGGACAUCUUAGUCACUCCAGAGGUCACUGGAAGCUGUGCCUCUUCAGCUAAUACCGCCCGAUCACAGGCCAUGAUGGCAGGACCUGGAACCUGAAGCGGAUCUCUUUCAAUAUCUCGAGCCACAGAGGAUAAAAGCAGGACGCUGCAGGGAGACUCGAUGGCCACCGAAGAAAAUCCGCCGCAGGUCGCGGCUGCGGUCCUCGCUCGCAGAGCUUCGCCUCCAGCCGCCGGGAGCAGAACCGCCGCAGAUGCCAGACACGCAAAUAGCAGCCAGGAAGUGUGGCAAUCCUCUGACCUACUGUGGCAGUCGAAACGGCGCGGCAGCCCUUCCCUCCUUUUUCAUAGGAAGCUGUCGUGUGACAGCGGGAAAGGGACCAUUUUGGACGAGGAAUACGAGUGUUUGGAUUACGACUCUACACUAGAGAGGCGCUCUCCGGAGCUGCCUGCUGGCAGGAGAAUGGAAGGGUUGACUGACGCUGUCUCUGCGAUACCUGGGAGAGCUUCAGAGGGAUCUCGGCGCCAGCUGGACGCCCCCGGGGAGGGCGGGGACGUGCGCAGAAACAGAACUGGCAGCACACGAUGCUCCGGCACCCUGUCGGGCCUUAAUACGAGUCCAAAACUCUCCUGUUGCCGCAGCGCCAGAUCCAGCCCGGCUCAGAGUCCGAGCCUCUGCCGGGCUCAGGCCAACCGGAGAGACGUUCGGCGCAGCAGCCUGCCCGUGUCCAUGCUGGCUUUCCACAAGACAUCCCCCGGCCUCUCAUCCCUGUGCGGUCCAUCCAGUGAACCGAGCUCUCUGGUCUCAUCCCCCUGCGGCUCGCCCUUCCCCGUGCGUCGCCAGCAUCAACGGAACGGACAAGUUCACCCGAGGGAUGGCUACUCGAGUUUAGAAAGGCUCAACAGAAGGCCCAGGGUGAAGAAAUGCUCCCUGGAAAAACUGUUUCCAAGCAGAGUGUCUUUGGAAGCCAUGAGGACGACCCCGAGGAACGAAGGGCGGUGGUCCUCCGGCAGCGGGGGCGGCAGCGACGCGGGGGAUGGAGACGGCCUCUUGGACAAUGCGGACUUCAUUAAGAACCGCAAAGAGGGCUCCACCGUACUGGUCAGACGCUUCUUCAAGAAUAAUCAAAAGAUGACCAAGUCCGUCUGCACUGGCACCAGAGCGAUCGUGAGGACACUGCCGUCCGGACGCAUCUCGGAGGAGGCCUGGGAGGUGGUGGUCGAUCACAGGACAUGGCGACCCUGCAGGAGGGAUCUGCGGCCGUUCGUUCUGCGCGUUACCAAAGAGGAAUUCAGCAUCUGCAGGGAGGUGCUGCGUGUUAUUGGAGUCAAGCUUCGGCAGGUCAACAGCUACGUGCAGGAGGGAGAGGAGCUCAACCUGAAUCACCCCGCCAAACGGCUCCUUCUCGGACCCGACCCGAACCCCUGCCUCCCCCCCCGGCGCCGCCGCCCCUCUCACCCGCCGAGGUUUUAUCGGGCCUGUCGUCAGAGGACGUCGGUGUGUUCGGUGCUGACCGGAGCCCUGCUGGAGGCCACCGCCGCUCUCGGCUCCCGCUCCGCUCUGCCGUACCUGUUGCCCCAGAGCCCGAGCGGCCACGCCGUGCUGAAAGAGCGGCAGCUGGCCAGCAGCAUGACCAGCGGGGGCUCUCUUCAGCCCAGCGCCAGUGGGGUCAGCAAGGAGCUGGCGGAGGUGCGUCACCUCGUUCAGUUCCCCGAGGAGAUCGCCUGCAUCCUCACGGGGCAAGAGCAGGAGCUUUACCAACGGGUGUUUCCCCUGGACUAUCUGUGUUUCCUCACCCGAGACGUGGGCAGUCCUGAGAGUCGGACCAAACGGCACCACCAUCUCAAGGCCUCGCUGUCCGUGCCCGCCAUACCUACCCAGAGUGCUCAGCGAAGCAACGCUGUGGAGGACCUGGUGGCGCGCUUCAACGAGGUGAGUUCGUGGGUGACGUGGCUUAUCCUAACGGCGGGCUCCAUGGAGGAGAAGAGGGAAGUGUUCUCCUAUUUGGUCCACGUUGCGAAAUGCUGCUGGAAUAUGGGAAACUACAACGGCGUCAUGGAGUUCCUGGCCGGACUCAGGUCCCGUAAAGUGCUGAAGAUGUGGCAGUUCAUGGACCCGUCGGACAUCGAGACCAUGAGGAGCCUGAAGGACGCCAUGGCUCAGCACGAAUCCUCUUCCGAGUACAAGAAGGUCGUGACAAGAGCUCUCAACAUCCCCGGAUUCAAGGUGGUGCCAUUCUGUGGGGUUUUUCUGAAGGAGCUGAGUGACGCGUUGGAUGGGACGGCGAGCAUCAUCAGCCUUAAACCUCCUCUGUACAACACAGAGGACUCAAUAGAGUUUGUGUCUGACUACAGCGGCCAGCACAACUUCAUGUCGCGGUCGGGUCCAGAUGGACUACACGUACCAGAGAAGGAAGCUACUGUCAGCAACAUCCUCCAGAUCAUCAGAUCUUGCAAUCGCAGCCUGGAGGCAGAAGAUCCCGACGAGGCCUCGACCGAUCCCUCUUCUACGUGUCCUGCGUCCGCCAAUAACUCCUUCAGGGACCGCUGCCGCAAUCAGUUCAUGGUGGGAGACCUGUCGGACUCGGAGGGCGACCUGGCGCCCGAGCCGCCGUCGAAAGACGUGGAGUUUCGCGGGACCGAAGAGACUCCCAGAGCUUUCGGCCACGGCACUGAGCUCAUCCCCUGGUACGUCCUGUCGCUGCAACCAGACGUCCACCAGUUCCUGCUGCAGGGAGCUACAGUCAUCCACUACGACCAGGACAGCCACCUCACGGCGCGCUGCCUGCUGCGCCUCCAACCGGACAACGCAACGCUGACAUGGGGUAAGCCUCAGAGCGGAGGGGCUUCCCCCACAGAGCAACCACUGGGAUUAGGACAGGCCGUGGUGGCAGGACUAGCAGAGGGCCUUUUGGACCUGGGAGUGGUGAAGGCAGUGUUCCUGGGUCACCGCGGAGUAGACGUUCAUGCCGUGUGUUUGCAAAACAAGUUGAGUCAGAUGACGGUGGAGGAAAAUGGCCUCAGCCUCCUCUAUGGCCUCGGUACCACAGACAACAGACUCCUGCACUUUGUGGCCCCCAACCACACGGCGCAGAUGCUCCAUAAAGGCCUGUCGGAGUUGGUGAAUGCGUCCAGAAAAUUAAAGAGGUUUCCCGACCAAAGGUUGCAGUGGCUUAGGAAGCAGUACGUCAGCUUGUACCAGGAGGACGGCAGGUACGAAGGCCCCACGCUACCUCACGCAAUAGAGCUGUUCGGUGGACGCAGGUGGAACAUGGGUACAGGUGGAGUGGAGAAAUCUGCUGCCCAGAAGAACAGCCCGUUGAGCAUCAACGAUAAGGCCAAGAAGAAGAAGAAGGUUCUUGUCAGGGGAGACAGUGGGGAUGCCACGGAUGACGAGAUGGUUUCCAGGAAAACGCGGAGCUGUAAGGAGGGACUUUAUCGGAACGGACUGGAGUCAGACGCUAUCGAGCAGGAAGAUCCAGAGGACAGCUUCCCUGGACCAUUCGCACUCUCUACUAGUAAAAGCCCCGGAUUGGUAGCCUCUUCCUCUUCCUCCUCCUCCUCCUCUUCCUCCAGCAUGGCAGGGCCCAACCAUUCACGCCCACAAUCCUCUCCCAUUCUCUCAGGAACGGCCAAGUCACAGCCGGGGGCAUGGAGCAGCAGGUCGUGGCACGGCCGAGGGAAAAGCUGUUUCAAAGGCUUCCAGAAUCUCAUGAUUUCUGACAGCACGAUGAGCUUCAUUGAGUUUGUCGAGCUCUUCAAGUCUUUCAGCAUCCGAAGCAGGAAGGACCUGAAGGAGCUGUUUGACACCUACGCUGUCCCCUGCAGCCGCGCGAGUCCCGAGUCGGCUCCUCUCUACACCAACCUGAGCAUAGACGACAAAGAUACGGGGCUACAGCCCGACCUGGACUUGUUAACCCGCAACGGCUCCGAUCUCGGCCUGUUCAUCCGGACGAGGCAGCAGAUGUCCGACAACCAGAGGCAGAUCUCGGACGCCAUCGCCGCAGCCAGCAUCGUGACCAACGGGACGGGAGUGGAGAACGCGUCCCUCGGCGUCCUGGGGUUGGCCAUCCCUCAGCUCAACGACUUCCUCGUCAACUGUCAGAGGGAGCACCGGAGCUACGACGAGAUUCUCGGCAUUAUACAGCAAUUUGAGCCCUCAUCAAGCAUGAGGCAAAUGGGUUGGAUGUCGUUUGAAGGCUUUGCAAGGUUCCUGAUGGAUAAGGAGAACUUUGCAUCUCGUAAUGAGGAAUCCCAGAUGAACCCAGAGGAGAUGCAGUACCCGUUGUCCUACUACUACAUUGAGUCUUCUCACAACACCUAUCUGACUGGACACCAGCUCAAAGGAGAGUCAUCCGUUGAGCUCUACAGUCAGGUGCUACUGCAAGGCUGCAGGAGUGUCGAGUUGGACUGUUGGGAUGGAGAUGACGGCAUGCCAGUCAUUUAUCAUGGACACACACUUACCACUAAAAUACCCUUCAAGGAUGUGGUGGAGGCCGUCAGCCGCUCCGCCUUUGUCAACUCGGACAUGCCCGUCAUCCUGUCCAUAGAGAACCACUGCUCCCUUCCACAGCAGCGCAAGAUGGCUGAAAUCUUCAAGACGGUGUUCGGGGAACGCCUCGUGACGCGCUUCCUCUUUGAAAGCGACUUCAGCGACGACCCUCACCUGCCGUCGCCGCUGCAGCUGCGAGGGAGGAUCCUCCUCAAGAACAAGAAGCUCAAGGCGCACCAGGCGCCGGUGGACAUACUCAAACAGAAGGCUCACCAGCUGGCGCACAUGCACGCCCAGGCCAGCAACGGGUCACCCGGGGUUAAUUCGCCCGGCAACCACACCAAUGAGGAGGAAGAGGAGGAUGAAGACGAGUACGACUACGACUACGAGUCUCUAUCGGAUGCCGAUGUCCUCACAGCCUCUACUGCCUCGUAUGGCCUGGAAGAUAACAUUCUGGAUGACAAGCCAGAGGGGAAGAGCUCGGCGGACAAAGAAGAGCAAUCUGUUGACGAAAUACCGAAGAGGAUGAAGAAGUCUGAGAGCACCACGCAGAGCAAAGGAAAGGUGUUUGACAUAGAGCUGGGCGAGGAGUUCUACCUGCCUCAGAACAAGAAGGAGAGUCGGCAGAUCGCCCAGGAGCUGUCCGACCUCGUCAUCUACUGCCAGGCCGUCAAGUUUCCUGGCCUGUCCACCAUGUCUCCUGUCGGCUCGGCCAGAGGGAAGGACCGAGGAAAGAGCAGAAAGUCCAUAUUUGGCACUGCUCCCGCUCGCUGCAGCGCAACAGGGGAGGUCGUGACCCAGAGCCGCAUCCCUGCAAAAGGUGGCGCUGAGCGCCUGAGCUGGGAAGAGCACCAGACCUCGCCUACCCUCAACCCCCCCACCUCCCUCAGCGCCAUCAUCCGCACGCCCAAGUGCUACCACAUCUCCUCCGUCAACGAGAACGCCGCCAAGCGCCUGUGCCGGCGCUACUCCCAGAAGCUGAUCCAGCACACGGCGUGCCAGCUGCUCCGGACGUACCCGGCGGCCACCCGGAUCGACUCGACCAACCCCAACCCUCUGCUCUACUGGCUGCACGGUGUCCAGCUGGUGGCUCUGAACUAUCAGACCGAUGAUUUGCCCAUGCAGUUGAACACGGCCGUGUUUGAGUCCAACGGCGGCUGUGGCUACGUCCUGAAGCCGGCGGUGCUGUGGGAUCGUAGCUGUCCGCUCUAUCAGCAGUUCUGUCCGAUGGAGAGAGACGUGGAGAAAAUGAGCCCGGCCGUCUAUUCCCUCACCAUUGUUUCCGGUCAGAACGUCUGUCCCACUAACAGCGCUGGCAGUCCGUGCAUCGAGGUGGACGUCCUGGGCGUGCCCAUCGACAGCUGCCACUUCCGUACCAAACCCAUCCACCGCAACACCCUCAACCCCAUGUGGAGCGAGCACUUCCAGUUCAUCGUGCACUUUGAAGACAUGUGCUUCCUCCGCCUGGCGGUGGUGGAGAACAACAGUUCCCAGACUACCGCCCAGAGGACGCUGCCCCUGAAGGCCCUCAAGCCAGGUUACAGACACGUCCAGUUGAGGACACAACAUAAUGAACCUCUCGAAGUGUCGAGCCUAUUUAUCUACAGCCGCAGGAUAGAGGAGGUUCCCACAGGGGGCGCCACUCCCUCAUCACUUCUGUUCAGCUCGGAGGAGAGACGGGCGCCGCGGCAGCACCGGGUGACGGUGUACGGAGCUCCCGGCCCGGAGCUCUUCACUGUGUUCCGUAUCACAGAACAGACCACCGCUAAACAGCUGCUGGACACGGUCGUGGCGUCCACGGGGAACCCGUCGGACUACUUCCUGUGCGAGGAGAAGGUUCCCCUGCUGAAGGAGCGCAGCGAGGCCAAGCGAUGCUCUCAGCACCGUCCCCUGGCGCCCGAGGAGGAGGUGGUCAGACUGGUGUCCAGCUGGAGCUCUGAGGAGGGAUACGUGGGGAGGAUCUGCCUCAAAACAAGAGACGAGAACCUAAAUGACAGGAACCCAUCGCUGGAGGGAGAGGAGGAGGUGGCUGUGGGGGGUAGAGAAGGAGGGGGCGGAGAAGGAGGAAGAGGAGGAGGAGUAGGAGCAGAGGACGAUAUGUUCUUUGUUCAGGUCCACGAAGUUUCCCCAGAGCAGCCUCACACUGUGAUCAGGGCCCCGCGCUACAGCACAGCCCAGGACAUCAUACAGCAGACCUUGUCAAAGGCCAAGUACUCCUUCAGUAUCCUAUGCAAUCCCAAUCCGUUCGACUACGUCCUGAUGGAGGAAGUGACCAAGGACACCGGCUCCAAGAAGCCCUCCACCGCCAAGCCCCUCCAGCGGGUGCUACUCGACCACGAGUGCGUCUACCAAGCUCAGAGCCGCUGGCGCGGGGCGGGAAGGUUCAUUCUUAAACUGAAAGAGCAGAUAGCUCUAAACAUGGUGCGGGAAGACAAAAAGAAGGUCAUGUCCUUCGCCAGCGAGCUGAAGAAGUUGACCAGUCGCGGGCGCAGCAUGACGACCGGCGGCGGGGCGGACGGCGCCGCCCAGAGUAAGGAUGAUAGAGCUGCAUGCUGUGUGGCUCUGACAGAGCUGCAGGAGUGAGGCUCCGUUGCUGUCUGUGCAUGGGGAGGCAACCGAGGGUAUCUGUCUGCAGGUCUGAAGGCGUGGGUGGCAGAGGGCAGGUUGGGCGCAGGGAGGCUCCUGCAGGCCACCACGGCCGCCUCCUCCUCCUCCUUCGGGGGGCAACUCCUCCUGCCCACCCGCUCUCUGUCCCCACCGGCCUGGAAGCUUCACCUCCUCAGGAACUGGAAGAUCCACAAAUGAAGUCGGAAAGAGGGAGACUUUGGUUGAUGACUUGUGAAGGUGCAUGAAGGCGAGGCGAAUCGGCGAGGAGUCCGACCGCGCCACGUGUUGGUUGCGCAGGACGGGAUCCAAUGGGUCCGUUGACCAAUGCUCGGCCCCUGUGUCAGAAAUCACCUUACAGCCGCCGUGGUCAUGUUGGGGCAGGUAUCUCUGGCUCUUCUUGGUCCAUUGGCUGCCAGAGGCAGCUGCUGAUCUCAUAUAUAAGUAUAUAAAUAUGUGUAUAUAUAUAUAUAUCAUUGGGUAUGUGAUCAGGGACAGAAGGUAUUCCUUCUCUUACUAACAGAGCAAGGAGCGCUUCCUUAAGUCACAUUCAAAGAAUGAAAAAUUGAUUAAAAGGAUGAAAUGGCCUCUUGAUUGAAUGGCUUUAGUGGAAGACAAUUAUCUUUAAUUAAGUGUCUCAGCACCAUAUCAUGUGUCUGGGUAGUGAACUAUUCCGCCCAGAUGAAGCACAGAGCAGGCGGAGGGAGAUGUGCUUGUAGAAAUGGAAGGAGAGGUCCGCUAAGGUUCUUCUCUCUUUCUCAGGUAAGGGCAUCGUGAAGGACCCUGACAAGCUGGCUUGUUUGGUUCUUUUCUUACUGUUCCACUUUCACAGUACUGUAAGGUCACACUUUGAGCAUCGCUCUUAGGAACAACGCUGAAGUGCGCGACACAUAUUCAGACUUUGUUGGACACUAUUGUCGUUAGCGUAAAGGUGACGAUACUUCAGAACCGCAUUUUAAAGCAAUGUAGCUGUUCCAUAUUCAAUGUGAAACAAUGUUUUACGCAUGUGUAGAAAAAGUUAUCUUAUGUGUGUUAUCUUAGAAUGUUGCAAAACUGCGUCUAGCUUCUGCUCAUUUUGUGUCAACAAGUUUUUUGCAUGGACAGUAUUUUAUUAAUUCAAACUUUCUUAAAGACUAAUAAGACACAUUGAUAGUCAAUCCCAUUGAGGAAUGCAAUGCAGCAAAGUUGCAUUUUAAAACCUUUUGUUAAAGAAAAGAAGUGAAAGUUAAAAAAAAUAUAUAUAUAUAUUUUGGACCUUCGCACCAAACUUUGGAUUUUGGUACUCGAGAAUUUAAGUAACUCGUGAGGCUUAAUACUGGCGUGCAUUUCCCCUCCAAAAUGAAUAAAUAACGAGUACCAAUGCUUCAUGUGGAAAAAUAGCAAAAAUAUUCCCCCUUUAGAAUGAAUCAAUGGAGAUUUUAGCACUACGGUACUUUGGAGAAAAACGUUCUUCAAACAGCAUUUUGCACGUUUUUCUUCUUUUGUCAUUUCUGAGACGGUGGAAUUAUUAUUUUUUCAUUAUUAUAAUGAUCAUUGUAUUUAUUACAUUUUGGUUUGGUCUCCGUUGAACAUUUUGUUUUGAGAAAAGCGCAAGAUAAAUGUUUGGAUGUUUUAUGUAAGUUUUUAUCCAUUUCAAAUGAGAUCUUGAGGUGUCAUUUUAAAUUCCACACACGAAAAUUAUUGGACUGAAUUGGACUCUUUUGUUUAUCAGCCUAGAUUUAGUGUCCUUAAUUGUAAAUGCUGUAUCUUCAUAGAUGACUAGUAUUGAUUAAUUAAUUCAUUAAUCAGUAAAGACUAAAGACUUUUCUUUAUUUCUACAGCAUAUAUUUAAUGCUCAUUUACUAAACCUGAUUGAUCUGGGACCACUUUCCCCCAUUUCUGUGUUAUAAUUGUAUAUAUAUUUUGACAAUGCUGAGAUGAUUUUUUUAUCUUCAAGACAUAGUUUGGGUUUAUUCUGCAUUUUGGUUAUUAAAACAUAGAAAUUCCCAUAUUGUGUCAUAUUGAUCCUCACCGAUCCAAAACUCAAUUUCCUUAAUUAAAAAUAAGGAAAAUCUGUUUUUUCAGUUGUUGGGUUAAAAAUGAAUAAUUCUGUUAUAAAGAAAGUCUUUAAGUAAAACUUACUAGUACCAAGUAGUGAUGUUUGAAUUUUAGUGCAAUAGUAAAGUUCUGUAACUAAGUUAACUAAGUUUUUGUUCUGAACAGAAAGUCAUUCUUCUGUCAAAUUGUGAACUUGUGAAUCAUCAUGAGCUGAGUUCCUUGUUUUUCCUUCUUUUCAACCUCUGCACCUCAUUUCUGAAUGUAACAUUUCUUUAUGUGUUUAACCUGAGACAAAUGUGUGUUUGGAUGUUAUUUAUUUUAAUGUGAAGCCCUGGUUGGCAGAUAUCUGUUGUUGUUGUUUAUGUAUAGUUUCUUGUAAGUAGUUUUUAAGGGUUUUUUAAUUUAUUUCAAUAUGGUAGAUAGACUCUCCACUGCCCCGACUUUACUCACACUUAGCAAGAGACUUAAGGAAAUAUUUUACUUUUUAUUUUGUGAUUUAUCAGAUUUUUGUAUUAGUCCAAUCUGUAAAAAUAUGACGUAUACGUUUGCUGACUGUGGGCUGUGAUUUAUCUUUAGCACACUGUUAAUUCCAUAAUAUGUGCAGCAUAUCCUUCAACAUCCAUUAUCCGGCUGAUGACAGGGCUGAACAUUUCUAUAGUUAAUUGAUUUUCUAAUUGGAUGAGAAUUAGUGGACUUGUCUUGUACCAGGAUCACAAUAAAAAAGAAAAAUACUCAACGGUG